AUGGGUGGAGGCGGAAAGAUCCCGUACCCCAAGGAAGUCUGGUCACCCGCUGGUGGUUGGUACGCCCGACCGGCCAACUGGAAGGCCAACACCGCGAUUAUGGGCGCCUUCGUCGUUGGAGUUGCUGCCAUCGCUUUCAGCAUCAGUGCCGACCGGGAAUACCGUGACAAGAUGCCCGAGCCCGGCAGAUUCUUCCCCAGCCGAUACUGGAGCCGACAGAUCCGAGAGCACGAGAAGCAGCAAGCUGCCCAGAACCCGUCAUAA